AUGGAUCUUCCGCGGAAGGGCAGCAUCAAGUCGUACGGCUCGUCGCGCUCGGCGUCCUUCGACUUUGACCAGGACAAGAACCGCGGCCGCCGGGAGGUCGUCGUCAAGAUCAACGACGACGUCUCCAUCGCCGGCGUGGGCGCCAGCUCCUUCUCCCUCAAAGCGCCCACCGGGCCGGACUACACCGCCGUCCCCGUGACCGGCUCGGGCGGGUCGAGCGCGCCGGCCUCGCCCACCGGUGUGGGGAGCCGCUUCGCCGAGUCAUUCAGCUUCAAGAACCGCCCGCCGCAGUCCCCUCCGUCGCCGGCGAGGGCCGAGGGGGAGUGCAGCGAGGACCCGCCCGGCCGCCUCAUCGACAACUUCCUGCGGAAGCAGGCCGCUGCCGGCGGUGACCUCGCGAUCGACCCCGAGCUCGAGAUGGAGGAGAUGCGGCGGCUCCUUAACGUCCCCUCCCCUUCCCGCGUCGCCUUCCAGCAGGAUCCGCGCAAGCGCUUCUGCCCGUCGGGCUCCUCUUCCUCCUCGUCCGACGGCGGCGGCGCCAACGCCCGGAAGAAGGCCGCCGCCAAAGCGGGAGCAGGAGCCGACCAAGCCGAGGUGCUACGCUGCUCGUCGUCGUCCACUGGCAACGGUCUGCUGCCGCGCUGCAAGACGCGGUCCCGGCUAAUGGACCCCCCACCGCCGUCGAGCGGGUCGACCACCGAGGGGGAGCAGCGCGACCGCAAGUCGUUCGUGAUGCAGGGCGGCGUGCCGCCCAAGUCCGGGCAGCUCCGGUCGGGCCUCCUCAACAGGUCGGGCUUCCUCGGCAAGGCCGGCGGGCACGACGUGGAAGAGGACGACGACCCGUUCGUGGACGAGGACCUCGCCGCCGACUCCAAGCCCGACACGGUGGACUGCCUCAUCAUCCUGGAGUGGGUGGGCCUGGUGAUCAUCCUGGUCCUGCUGGUGUGCAGCGUCACCAUCCCGACCCUGGCCACGAAGAAGGUCUCGGGGCUCCACCUGUGGAAGUGGGAGGUGCUCAUCUGCGUGCUCAUCUGCGGCCGCCUCAUGUCCGGCUGGAUUAUCCGCAUGGCCGUCUUCUUCGUGGAGCGCAACUUCCUGCUCCGGAAGAAGGUGCUCUACUUCGUGUACGGCGUGCGGCGCGCCGUGCGCAACGUGCUCUGGCUGGGCGUGGCGCUGGUGGCGUGGCACCUGCUGUUCGACAAGGACGCGCAGCGGGAGCAGGACACGCACGCGCUGGUGCUGCUCUACGUCACCAAGGUGCUCUGCUGCCUGCUGGUGGCCACCGCCAUCCGGCUGGUGAAGACGCUGCUGCUCAAGGUGCUCGCCUCCUCCUUCCACGUCUCCACCUUCUUCGACCGGAUCCAGGACGCGCUCUUCAACCAGUACGUCAUCGAGACGCUCUCCGGCCCGCCCUUGGUCGACGAGAGCCGCAUGCUCGCGGAGGUGCAGCGCCUACAGAGCGCCGGGGCCAACAUGCCCAGCGAUCUCCAGGCGGCGGCCAUGCCCAGCAAGGCCGCCGCCGCCGCUCCGGCGCCGCCCAAGGGCGCGCGGCUCACGGCGGCGGCGUCCCGGAGAGGGGCCAGCAAGCAGCUGCAGAGGCAGAAGAGCGAGCGGCACCUGGAGGAGAACUCCAUCUCCAUCGACCAGCUCCACAGACUGAGCCAGAAGAACAUCUCCGCGUGGAGCAUGAAGAGGCUGAUGAAGAUCGUCCGCUACGGCGCGCUGACGACCAUGGACGAGCAGAUCAAGCACGCCACGGGGCCGGACCAGGAGGACGAGCUGGCCACGCAGAUACACAGCGAGUACGAGGCCAAGGUCGCCGCCAAGAGGAUCUUCCAGAACGUCGCCAAGCCUGGAUCCAAGCACAUAUACCUGUCGGACCUGAUGCGCUUCAUGAGGCAGGAGGAGGCCCUGAAGGCCAUGGACCUCUUCGAGGGGGCGCAGGAGCAGAACAGGGUGAGCAAGCGGUCGCUCAAGAACUGGGUGGUGAACGCGUUCCGGGAGCGCAAGGCCCUCGCCCUCACGCUCAACGACACCAAGACGGCCGUCAACAAGCUCCACCACAUGGCCAACGUCGUGGUGGCGCUCAUCGUGUUCGCGCUCUGGCUCCUCAUCCUCGGCUUCGCCACCACCAAGACCUUCGUCUUCCUCAGCUCGCAGCUCCUCGUCGCCGCCUUCAUCUUCGGCAACACCCUCAAGACCAUCUUCGAGGCCAUCAUCUUCCUCUUCGUCAUGCACCCUUUCGACGUCGGCGAUCGAUGCGAGGUCGACGGGAUGCAGGUGGUCGUAGAGGAGAUGAACAUCAUGACCACCAUCUUCCUACGCUACGACAACCUCAAGGUCUACUACCCCAACAGCAAGCUCGCCACCCUGCCCAUCAUGAACUACUACAGGAGCCCGGACAUGGGAGACGCCGUCGACUUCUCUGUCAACGUCGCCACGCCGCCGGAGAAACUGGCCCUCAUGAAGGAGAGGCUGAUGCACUACCUUGACAACAAGAAAGAGCACUGGUACCCCGGCUCCAUGGUCGUGCUCCGCGACAUCGAUGACACCAACAGGCUCAAAAUAUCCAUCUGGUGCCGGCACACCAUCAACUUCCAAGACAUGGGGAUGAGGUUCGACAGGAGGGAGCUCAUUCUCCAAGAGAUGAUGAAGAUCUUGAGAGAUCUUGACAUCGAGUACCGGAUGCUGCCGCUCGACAUAAAUGUUCGCAAUGCGCCUCCCAUCAAUUCCACUAGGAUGCCCACGACAUGGGCGUUGAAUUUUUGAAAUUCUCUAUGAACACUUUGAUAGUUAGAUUGUGGAGUAAAGUUGCUAUGUACUAGUUAUUUAGUAGAUUGAACUUUGAGCUACAUGUUUGUUGCACUGUGAUAGUUUGAACUAUAUUUGUAUUUUUAUGAGA